AUGAGGAGAAUAGCAUCUUGUUACAGUGAAAACGCCAUAAAGAUUUCCGAUUCAUAUUGUUCAGGCCCUUCAAACCAGCCCAACCUUUCUACCAACCUGAUCCCUUCACUCCCAAAUGCAAUCACAUGUAUAUACAAAGCCAAACUCUCAACGGAAAAGGAGCUCCUGAUCACACUCACUUGGUGCAGAAACCUAACGGGCCAAGGCUUCAUUAUUGACGUCGGUGAUCACAACACGUCCUCCUCCCCCUCCAAGUUAAAUUCCAAUUCCUACCGACUGCAAAAGAGUAAAGGCACAAAAACAUUCCAAUCUUGCAACUUAAAGAUUGAGGUCUUCUGGGAUAUUUCCGAAGCCAAUUAUGAUGGCGCUGGACCUGAGCCGAUCGAUGGGUUUUAUGUCGUGGUUUUGGCCGACUCAGAGCUUGGUAUGCGCCUUGGAGACAAGGAUGAAGAAUUGGACGAGAAGAAAUACAAAACAGAAACCCCGAACGCAAAGUUCUCAUUGCUUUCUAGGAGCGAGCACUUCUCUGGGAACGCUGUUUAUUCAACCAAGGCACGGUUCUGCGACAAAGGAACUCCUCAUGACAUCUUGAUCAAGUGUGUUAGAGAAGAAGGAUCAAAGAGCCCGGUAUUAUCUGUUUGCAUGGACAAUAAAGAGAGUUUUCAGGUGAAGCGAUUAAGGUGGAAUUUUAGGGGGAACCAAGCCAUCUUUGUAGAUGGAUUGGUAGUAGAUAUGAUGUGGGAUGUUCAUGAUUGGUUCUUCAAUCCAACAUCUGGGUGCGCUGUUUUCAUGUUUAGGACAAGGAGUGGGUUGGACAGCAGGCUGUGGUUGGAGGAAAAGAAUUGGGAGCAGAAGGAACAAGAGAUAUUUUCGUUGUUAAUCUAUGCUUGUAAGAGCCCUGAUUGA